AUGAUACCCAUUAACCUAAAAAGCGACCGCAAGUUAGACUUUUGGAAAUCGAAACACGUAAAUACUCCAGAGCUCGAGAAAAUUAUUCGGUACGCGAAAGCUUCGAUGCGUGUUGCCGUGCGUCGCGUACCUGCGCUGCGCCGGCGCACCUGUCUUCACGGCGCACGGUGUCAGUAUGUUAUCUUCGCUUUUAUCCAAGGAUAUGCGGCAGCAUCAUGCCGGUUUCCCGGCGCUCCAGCACACUCACGUGUCACUUUUUCCGAUGAAAAUCUGAGAGAAGGAACUGUCGCUACAUAUACUUGCGAGCGAGGCUUCGAGCUCCUUGGACCUUCUAGAAGAAUUUGUGAAAGUAAUGGCAAGUGGACACCUGAUGGAAUACCCUUUUGUGUACUCAACGUCGCGGCCGGUAAAGCUCCUAUGCAAAUAUCUACAGAAGAUGGUGGAGUGCCCCAAAGAGCACUCGAUGGAAGCACUGCCGUCGCUUUCAAUGCAGAGACCUGUACACUAACCAAAUCCGAAAGAGUGCCUUGGUGGUACGUCAACUUACUCGAGCCCUAUAUGGUGCAACUCGUGAGGCUUGACUUUGGAAAGCCAUGUUGUGGAGUAAAUAAGCCAGCGGUGAUCGUAGUAAGAGUUGGAAACAAUCGGCCAGAUCUUGGAACAAAUCCUAUUUGUAAUCGAUUUACGGGUUUUCUUGAAGAAGGACAACCUUUGUUCCUACCUUGCAAUCCUCCGAUGCCCGGAGCUUUCGUUAGCGUCCACCUAGAGGCCUCAACCCCUAGCCAACUUUCUAUUUGUGAAGCUUUUGUUUACACGGACCAAGCAUUGCCAAUAGAGAGAUGUCCACAAUUUCGAGAUCAGCCUCCAGGCAGCACUGCUACUUAUAAUGGCAAAUGCUAUAUAUUCUAUGAUCGGCAGCCAGCAAACUUUAGAGAUUCUCUUGCCUUUUGUCGCUCGAGAGGUGGUACUUUGGUGGAUGAAAGUAAUCCAGCUCUUCAAGGUUUUAUUAGUUGGGAACUAUGGCGAAGACAUCGGAGCGAUAGCAGCAGUCAGUACUGGAUGGGAGCAGUCCGCGACCCACAAGAUCCAAAUAAUUGGAAGUGGGUAAACGGUAAUGAUGUGACAGUCUCCUUCUGGAACGCACCGGGCGGCGGUGAAGGCUGCGCUAGGUUCGAUGGCAGUAAAGGCUGGCUUUGGGCCGACACAGAUUGCCAAUCGAGACUGAACUAUAUUUGUCAACACCAGCCUAAAGCAUGCGGCAGACCUGAACAGCCGCCCAAUUCUACGAUGACUACAGAGAGCUUUGAAGUUGGAGCUACGGUAGAAUAUUCCUGCGACGAAGGAAAUCUGCUCGUUGGCCCGACUGUGAGGACGUGCUUAGACACCGGGUUUUAUGACGAAUUCCCACCUGUUUGUAAAAGAAUAGAAUGCGGUUUUCCCGCAGAAAUAGCCCAUGGAGGCUACGAGCUGUUGAACGGUUCGGUAUCGUAUCUGUCCCACGUGCAGUACUCGUGUGAUCCUGGGUAUGAAAUGGCAGGUCGUUCUCAUCUUGUUUGCGAUAUUGACGAGCGUUGGAAUGGGCCUCCGCCACGUUGUGAAGUUAUUCAAUGUGAAGAUCCGCCUCAGAUUCAGAAUGGUCGUGUGACAAUUACUAACAAUGCUUCGGUAUUCGGCUCUAUAGCGGAAUAUACAUGUUCGAAGGGAUUCGAAGUCCACGGUGUACAAAAAAUAAAAUGUCUCGCUACAGGGCUGUGGGAUACAGCUGCUCCUCACUGUUACCCUGAAGAGCGUACAACCACAACUAGUACCACGACGACAACCUCUACGACGACUACAGUCCUACCCCCAUCCACAACUCCAAUAUCGACAACACCUUUACCUACACCUGCAUUUACAACUCCUCGAUUAAUUUUACCAACGAGGCCCAGGACUCAGCGACCGCUGUCAUCCCCUAAUCCAUUCGUUCCUUCUGAAGUAACAAGACGACCACGUCCUAGGAUCACGACAACAGAACGAACAACGACUAAGGCCUAUGAAAAACCGCCUCCAAGGAAAGUAACAAGUUCAGAUUCUCAAAACUCGCCUACAAGUCACGUUCCUCAUAUCAUAGUAGCGAGCCAUCCAAGAGAAAAUCAGGUAUUUGGUAGUGGCAACAAUAUAAGAGCCGAGCAGACUCCCCGCGUGAAUGUGCCGCAGCCAGUGGACGGCGACCGUCGCGAAACGCUCGGAGCUCGCCUUAAUAUCGGUGCCGUCGUCGCGUUGGCCGCUUUCGGCGCUUUGGUGUUCCUUAUUGCAAUAAUUACAACGAUUGUCAUUUUAGUUAGAAGCGUGAAAAGGCGCCGGUCCGUGAACUUCCAUCACGCUGGUACACGUUGCUGGCACUACCAUUCCCGGACCAGCAGGUCGGGAGGCGCGAGUUCGCCCGCGCUCAUCGUCUCACACACCGCGCGGGCCAUUUCUCCAACCCUUUAUAGCCAGAAACAAAACGAUGGUAAGCGCUACAGGCACCACGUGUCUCCCGACUGCAAUACCGUUGCUUCUCUGGAUUCGUCAUCGUCCGAGUCGAGGAGCGGUCUCAACAGAUACUACAGGCAGGCGUGGGAGGAGCUCCACGAGGCCACCGGCGCAAAACAUGGUCACAGGAGGCACGAGAGGGAAGCCCCAAAAGAUGGCUCAGAAUUGGUGGUCUCCGACGUGUACCCCGCGCCGCACGCCCGGGACAAGCGGCGACACCACCACCACCACCACCACCGCGAGCCGCGCCACCCCGACUGGCAGCCCUCGCAUCGCCCCCACCACAACCACAAACCUAGAUAU